AUGUAUGUUGUUGUCUUUCAAUCAAACAAUUUGGCCACUGUUCCUUGUCACUGGCAGGCUGCCAACGCUUUGGUCUGGGUGACCGGGUUAUACACCAACGACACUCAUAACUCCAGCUGACGAAAACAUGGCCACCAGAGCAGUUCACGCAGUUCGUAAUCUCGGUGGAUUUAUUCACAGAACCUUACCACGACAUGUUACAGUUUACCGAUUUUACAGUGAUGGAGACAUGCAUGCUGCUCCACCUCACAUUGUGGAGCCCACUAUUCCUCCCUAUGAAGAGAAGGUUGGAGAACCUAUUCACAUGAAGAAGGCCAGGCUGCAGUAUCAGUCCAGGAAGCGUGGCAUGUUGGAAAAUGGCUUAAUUCUUGGUACCUUUGCUCAUAAAUACCUUGAUGCUAUGAAUGAGAAGCAGCUGUCUUUGUAUGACCGCUUGAUUAACCUGCCAUCAAAUGAUUGGGAGAUAUUCUACUGGGCAACAGGUGUGCGGCCAACUCCUCCAGAAUUUGAUAAUGAAAUCAUGACAAUGCUCAAAGAUUUUGUUAAAAAUGAAGACAGAGAGAACAGAACCCUUCAACCUAACCUCCACUGAGCAGGUGUUAAAUUUUUUGCCAAGCUGUAUAAAGUAAAUAACUUGUAUUAAAAACUUUUGAUUAACACAAAACAUUCUGAU